GCUUUUGUCCUUUGAUACUUUUGAGUAUUCAUAUUUAUUUGUAAGCAUGUUUUUUUUAUUUUCAUAUCAGCAUGGAUGUGGUCAACGCAAUACAAAAUCUAUUUCAAAUUUGAUUAGCAUAACUUUAGUUGUUUUAAUAGUGAUUAGUACUAGAAAUACGAAAUGUUUUUGACAAAGCGAUUUAUUGCAAAGAAAAAGAGUGCAAUGGAACCAAUUCUUGAGAGGAUAUCAAAAAACAUUCUCCAUGAAGGUAUAGUACAAUAGAUAUGACCGCGUUUCUUUUGCUAUUCUUCUUUACACUUUCAUUCUCAUAUAUUUAACAACUAAAUUUCUCUAUUUUUUUUUUACUUGCCCGAGAAAUAUAACGACUUGUUCUAUAAUCUUUUUUUGUACCAAACGCAUAUUGCUGGGAAUAGUAAUUGAAUGAACAGGAAGGGAAACGCAAGCAUUGAAUAAGGCUAUAAAGGUGGGUUUAAGGGCAGUGAGGAGAAAGAUGCCGAAGGAGAAAGAAAACACAAGAUAACAACAAAAAAGAAUACGUGAUCAUAAACAACGUGGGUGUCACCGUAAAUGGGUGUUUUCCGCGAUGCGGUUCAACAAACAAGAAUUGCUGACCCUAGCUACGCAACCUUCUCAGAAAUUCGAGAAAGAGGGUAUAUUGUAUGUACGCGAACGACAAGAAGGCUUCUUUCGCAGAACCGAGAGUACAGGUAAAAAAUGUGACAACAAAUGUCAAAAGGGAAAAACACAUAAGACACUACGAGACCUCAGUUGUGUUACGGCCAGUACGAGUAAAGUAAGUUUGGAGAGAUGGUGCAGGUUGCGGGGAAACUUAUUGUUUUACUUCAAAUCGCGAGAACAAUGGUCAGAACCUCUAGGUGUGAUAAUACUCGAACAAUGUUUCGUCCGAGUGGAACAACCGAGCAAUCAAAUACCGUACGGUUUCAGUAUAGUGUUCGAUGGAGGUUUAUUCCAAGCAUUAGGUGCAAACUCAGCCGAAGAGAGGGACAGUUGGUUGCAAGCACUUCAGCUUGCUAGUUACGAAUGCAUGAGAAGUCAAUUAUUGGCAUUGCAACAACGCAUAGAAGCGCUUAGUGGACAUAAACAUGACACGGAUAUCCAUAUGUUACGGUUGCAACGUGGAAUUUCAACAGGUUCUGUCACUUUUUCUUAUUUCUGUUAUAUUCUUUUUGUUAUUCGCUUGGUGUUCCAAAUUGAUCGAUUCACUGUUUUAGAUCCUGCCGAAAUACCGAUAUGUGAAAUAUCGUUAGCAUGUGACAACCUUCUUUGCGAUGGUCAUGGUCGACCACCUAAUCCAGUCCUAGAAAUAGACGUACAAGUUAAAGGUUCGAAAACCUGGAUCAAGUAUUCACGAACUGAAGUAGUGGAGCGAAGCAGCAAUCCUGGUUUCUUAACAACCGUGAGUUUUAGAGCUAGUGACGGUUUAACCACGGAGACAAAAGUAAGGAUAACUGCAUACGAUGUUAGGGAACGCGUAAGUCAAACAGCGACACCGAUCGGAAGCGCGAUUGUUACCUUAAAUGCGGUUCAAGAUACACCUAGAUUAAGGAUACCGUUGAAGUCAGCAAAAACAACAACUGCUGGUUUUCUAACGAUUAGCGUGUGGAAUUUGGAGGCAGAAGAUCGAGGGAAUAGUACGGAAAGUACACCGUCAAAGGAACCUUCUACUGGAAUGAAUCAUCAGGUACUCUCCCAUAGACGAUCGCAAUCACUACCGCCUAGAUUAGGAACAAAAAUCAAGUUGCCGCAUCAAGGACAACUUAAACUCCUAUUUGCCAAUCCAUACAUACAAACGUACAGGUUCCACUCUGGUUUAGGCGGAGAUAUUUGUGUACACGAAAUCAUGGCAGAAAGUAAACUUUGUUUUCAAUUUCCACAACAUUUACUUGCAAUUUGGAUUCAAGAGGAAAAGGAACUUCUGCAAGAAGUAGCAGGUAUGGGUGAACUAAGAGAACCUUGGCAUACUAAACAAGUGGAAUUGCUGGAUCGCCAUCUUCAUCUUUUACAUCUUUAUUCGCAAGCUAAAGAAAAUUUGGCUGCAUUUAAAGGAAGUUAUUUCAAACGGUCAUCGCGUAGGAAUGAUAGAACACUUGAGUUUGCACCUGUUAAUUUACACUUACAAAGAAUGUGGGUGCAUAACGAUACGUUAAACAGAUGCGGAUUUUAUGACUUUAUCACUGUUGGGGCAUUCACUGCACAUUCGCAUAAGAGUAAAAAUGGCGGUCUCAUUAGGCUAUUACAAGCUUUAAAGGAGUCGCCAACGCGUGGUAAUCAGUUAUAUCAGGGAACAUCGAAAAUAACGAUGGCGCACGAUGCUAUUCAAGCAAUUAAACAACUCCGUCGAGAUGUUGUAGAUGCGAUGCGCGCCUUGAUGAAACUCGCAAAAGACAAACAAACAAGUGGAAUGUUACCAAUUUGCGAGGAUAUGAUUACAAAAACUAGAAUUUUACUUAGUUUGUGGGAUCCAGGAUUGGUCGAAGAAGCGUUAACCUUUCUAGAGGAAUACAAAGUCGCAAAGAUUCAUGAAACUUCGAACGAGAACUCCCUUAAUUUAGAUUUUAGGACGAACCAAUCGUUAUCUCCUUUCAAAAGAAUCACGCAACAAUUAAAUUUUGAUUUGAAAAGUCCGGAUUUUGAUGAUUUUGUUACGCCUGAUACUCCAGAAUGUGUAAAAGAUAUGUGGAUAAAAGAGAAUGAGAAAAAUGGUUUCACAACUUCGUUGUCCUCGAAAAACGAACACGCGAGCCACCUCGUCAAUCAGGAUAACAUUGAUGGAAAGGAUGAAGAAAAUUUUGUUAUUUUUCCAGAUGUCGAUGAAAGCGACACCAAAAAUUACGAAAUUAAAACUUCUACGUUAACAAAUCGUGUUGAUAACAAAGGAAAAAAUCCUGUCAACGAUACUAUCGUUACUACCAAUUCGAAAAGUAAUGAAGAUAGAGAGGAAGAAAUUAAGAGUGAUAUCGAUCUGUGUAAACGGUUUUUAGAUACUCAAAAGAUGUGUAAUUCACCAUCUGCUAAUUACUAUAAACCUACCGAUGAACCCGAGCCUUGGGAUCUGACUCAACUAAACAUUGAAGCUAGCGUAAUGUGUUUGGUGUCGAAAGUAAAGUUUCUCUGUGGAAGAUGCAGUAGUCCAGCUGUACGACUACGGAAUAAAAAUAUCAUAGGGAGAUCGCACAGUUUCAAAGGAUGUGUUUUGAAUAAUCGUAACAGAACUACGGACGUUGUAACAAUUCAACCGAAAAACGACGUUAAAAACGACGAGUCGUGUAAAUUGCUCGAAUGUAUAGAAAGUCGUUCUAAUUUUCAUCAACAACUUAGUCCAAGUUCAGAAAAAACAAUGCCAGCCUUUUCUAAAGCCAAAGAAGUGUGCCAAGCUGUCGAUUCGAUGACAAGAGUAAUUAAAAGUAAUUCGGGACAAAGAAACAAAUUCACAGAGGGUCUAGAUUUUGCCUCGAUCGUCGAUUGGACAAGUGAGCUUAGACCAAGUAUGAAAAAAUUACGGCAAGCUAUGGAUGGAUUGUUAAAAACUGCCCGGUUAACACAUUCGGUAUUCAGGGUACAAGAAGAUCCGAAAAUGGCUCAACGCGCUUGCAAUGUUCGAUAUAGGAGAGAUGUGUGUUUUAGUCAAGCGUUAACAAGCUUGGUUUCGGGAUUGAUGGCGAAGCUUUGGUGUCAAAGACCCGAUCCAAUGUUCCUUUUAAUCUUGACUACUCUUGGCCCUCUGGUCUCCUUUGAGGGACUCCUCAGUUAUUACGGAGACGAAAUAGAUAUGUGGGGAGAUAUGACUGUAGCAGUAGAAGACAUGCAUACCGUAACUUUUACACUGACUAGAUGCGGCAUUGCAUCAAGGCUCGAAGGAAAUUGUAAUAUUCCAUUUCAACAACCAUUACCAAGAGUGGUUGGUUCCCGAGCUGCGUUAACGGUGAUUCUUCCUGUGCCAGAUGCGAUCUACUCUUUAUUACCACUAGUCCCUUCUUCCAGGCAGACAAUUUCCUUCAAUGUUACUCCUGUUUUCUUCAAUGUCGGUAUCAACGAGAUGGCCUCUCUGGCGGAGAGUCUCGGAACCACGAAACCGCAAGAAAAAAGUAAUAUGGAUAAUUUUGAAAGACUGAAUGAGUAUUAUUUACGAUUCAAGAAACUUAAUUUGCCAACUGAGACGUCGUCGACACGUCUUGGUGCAAGAUCACCACUCGGUCAAACAUUAAUGGAGCUGAUGACUUAUCUAAAGGCAAGCGUUCAAGCUAAAGUGAAUAAAAACGUCGAAAUUUUGCAAUUAUCCUCUCAAAUCUGUAGAAGAAUGCGCGGCUUAAGAUUUACCAGUUGUAAAAGUGCAAAGGAUCGUACUGGAAUGUCAAUUACAUUGGAGCAAGUGAACAUCUUGACCGCCGAAUAUCAUCUGGCCGAACACGAAUACAUGAGAGCACUCGACUGUAUGCGAAGUGAAGGAUGUCGCCGGGAGAAUACGUGGAAAAAUAUUGGAAUUCGGAAAUACGCGUUCAAUAGCUUGCAAAUACUAACAUUUCCGAAACUAUAUCGUCCACCGACAGGUACCUAUGGAUCGGCGCAAAGUUAAGAACAAUUUUCAACUGUAUUAGUAACAAAUGCAUAAUUCUUCUAUGAUAUAUGUAAUGUUGAUAUGACGUGAAUGCAGUAAAGUGAGGAAAGGAAGAGAAGAAGGAAGGAAAUGGAUUAGAUGAAAUCGUAGUCUUCUCAUAUAAAUUCUAUACAAAUAUUAUUCUUUGACUUGAUCGAAUUCGAAUGAAAUCGUUAUGGAAGGAAAAUAUUUGAUUCGUUUAAUAUGUGUGCGUAGAGCGCGCACAUAUAUGCAUGCCUGUAUGCGCAUAUAAUUAUUCGCGGUUCAUCAUAGAAACGAAAGAGAGUGCCAUUUUAUUUAGUCUAUCGUGUGUUAGUAUAGAGGUCGUUAAAUUUUAAAUGAUGUAUUUUUAUUAUUUCUGUAUAUAGAAUUUUACUCUAGGUAAGAUAAUAUAAUAGAAAUUUUAUGAAAACUCACAUUAUGUGCCAACGGUUAUAUCGUUGCAAUUUAUUAGAAGGAAGGUGCUCCGUCACGGUAAUGACCAUAUUCCAACCAAAUAGAAUAUGUUAAUUAGUAAAAUUACAUUGUUUAAUUGACAAGGA